AUGAGCGACACUCCCCGGCUUCGCUCCGCGUUCCCUUCAACGCCUCGGACAACACAAAGAACGAGAGAGUACAAUAUUUCAAGUUCAAGAUCUACCUCGCAAAAUGCUCCGCCUCCCAAGCCAUUUCCGAAGACGCCGUCCGCCGACCAGGAUGCGAGUUCAUCGCUCGUUCCGUCUAGUAUAGUUGAUCCCCCAACGCAACGACUAUACGUGGCGGCUGCCUACGUGGCGCUCAAUGCGUGGCGGGUCUAUGAGGCUUGGACGGCCUCUGACGACUUAGAUUCCACCUGGCUGUUUUUGAAAUGGGCCUCCAUAGAUGGUGUCUUUCUCUUCGGUCUCCAGGCCUUGCGCAUUCCCUGGUUGGAAUGGGCUUUCCCGACGACGCUUGCGGUCUUUCUGGUUCACGUCGUCUUCAAUGUUUUUCUGAUGUUUCGCAUCCCGAUUCCUAUCGGCAUUUGGCUAUCUGGCGCGGUGAGACUGGCCUAUGAUCGAGAACUCUCGAUUUCAGGACAAAGCAUCAAACCUGGCGACAUAAUAAACAACGCAUCCCUCAUCCUUGGAAAACAAAUAGUCAAUAUUCUCCCUGAAGGGUCAGCCGUCUUGAACCCAGAAUUGGUACCGCUUUGCCUAGAUUCUCAGAGACCAACUAUUGAGUUGCCUAUCCGCGUGAAUCAAACGGAUCCUAUCUUGAUUGAGCUGCUGCGCCUCGACUUCAACAAUGGUGACACUGAAAUCAUUUCAAUACCAGCGAAGCAAUUGAAGCAAUUGAAACGGCAGGCAGACAAGAGGCAUUCCCAAUCAACUAGUGGUCUACACCGUGAUCUCCUCUUGCCAGUGCGAAAACCAGGAUUAUAUCGUCUACAGCGUGUCGUGGAUGAGUCUAAACUUGAGGUCCGCGUGCGAGCUUCGGAUUCCAUCGUCACUAUAUGCCCUCGCGCAUUGAUCAAAAACUCGUAUACACAUAAGUGCCGGGGCGAGCUCUCAAAUUUGGUGCUGGCCGUGGAAGGUACACCGCCUUUGAAAAUCAAGUACAGCAGGCAGGUGAACGAUCACGACCGGGGCUUCUCAUUUCAGAACAUCCAACCAGACCAUUUACGCACCCCACUUCUAGGCCACAGGUCCCUUGGCCGGUUGUUUGAUGCACGGGAGCCGGAGAUCAGCUGGGCUCAGAGCCAAGUGAUUGAAAUUCCUCUCAAUGAAUCUUUAAACAUCGGUGGUGAUUGGCUCUACAUGAUCGAGGAGGUUCACGAUGGCUCCGGCAAUGUUGCGAAUUAUUCCAUGUUUCUGGAGGAUUUUGAUCGCCAGUCCACAAAGCCUCUAGCUCAGUGGCAUCAAUUUUCUGUUCAUGAAAUCCCCAGGCUAUCUCUUUCUGGGUGCAACGAUCAGCACUUUCUUGAAGUCGCACGUGGGGAGAGCCUCCCGCUCCCCGUCAAGUUCCACAGCUCAGACCAUGGGUAUGAGAAUGAUGGGCCUUUCUCUUUGAUUUACUCCUUUAGUCUCGACGGCCAAGGGAGCGUGGACGAUCCUGCUCGUACUAUCCGCCAGCUAUCGCUGAAAACGGUUGAUCAAAAGUCUAUGAUUAAGGAACCAGGAUGGUAUAGUCUGCAAUAUGUCUCUAGCCAGUUCUGCUCGGGCGAAAUCUUUGAGCCCUCGUCUUGCUAUUUGCAUAACCCACCAGAACCAGAGCUUUCAAUUCGCUCCGAGAAAAUCUUUGAUAAAUGCGCGAAUAGUCCCGUGGGAUUGCUUGUCGACCUGGACCUUACGGGCUCGCCGCCGUUCCGAAUCAGGUACGCUAUUGAGACCUCUAAAGGCGUUGAGACCAAACACCAAGUCAUCGAUGGGUUACGCGCACAGUUGGACUUCACCCCAUCGGAAGCCGGGCAUUAUCGAUACCGCUUCCUGGAUAUUUCUGACAGUGUAUACGCACCUCGACCUUUGGAGAACAAGGUGACUGUUCUAGAACAAGACGUUAAACCCCCCGCCUCUGCACAUUUUGUAGGUACACCGGAGGUACGCAAGGCUUGUUUUGGUGAACCUAUUUCCGUGGAUGUCGCUUUCCUUGGAGAGGCACCGUGGACUUUGCAAUACGAGCUUGUCCACAAUGGCAAAAAGACAAAACAUGUUCUCGAAUCCGAGAGUGCGAGGUGUACGAUUGUUACGGACAAACUCGUGAGCGGCGGCGGGUAUAACCUCGUAUUGACAAGCGUGAAAGACCGCUCUAAAUGCAAGCGUAAUCUCAAUGAGAUCCUGAAGAUUGACGCCAGGUCCAAGCCACCCCAAGUUUCCUUCGGUCAUAUCGAGAAGAGCAGAAAGUACUCGGCGCUGCAAGACUCCAAAGUCGACUUACCAAUUAGGCUCAGCGGUGAACGGCCCUGGACUUUACAGUACAAGAAUCUGGACGCAGAUGCUUCGAUAGCGACAAAGACUUUCUGGCAUGAGAAUAGUUUCUUGACUGUCAGUCAAGAAGGACGUUACGAGCUCUUGGGGGUGACGGAUAGCUCUUGUCCCGGAUCCGUUGACCAGGCAGCGAAAGUUUUUGAAGUAUCUUGGAUUCCCAGACCCCAGAUCACUGCUGUGGAUGAUACGCCUGUGGGACCCGAUGGUCUAGUUGCCAAGAGCGACAUCUGCCAGGGACAAGGAGACAGUCUUGAGCUUCGGCUGACGGGCAAUCCGCCUUACACGAUCCAAUGCGAGCAACAAAGGAAAGUGAUUCGGGGCUCUACUUCCGUGCGAGUACGAAGUCUCAAAACAGCGUUGCAUGCUCUUUCCAUGGAAUUGGAAACAUCCGAGCCCGGUGAUUACACAUAUCGAUUCAAGGAGGUUGGUGAUUACCUUUACAAUAAUGAUCCGAGAAGCAACCAAGUCGUGGUCACUCAACGGGUUAACCCUCUUCCUUCUGCGCGCUUUGAUGCCCCGGGUCGCAUUUACGGCUUUUGCAAGGAAGACGACAGUGGCGAGGAGCUUAUUCCUCUCACCAUGGAAGGUGUGCCACCCUUCUCGCUCGAAAUCUCAAUCAAACAUUACGCCAAGGCAAAGCCAGAGAUCGUGUCCAUUCCGAACAUCAAAUCGAAUCGGCACAGCCUUCCAAUUCCCAGGCGCCAUCUCGACUUAGGCCAACAUGUUGUUAGUAUUCACAAAGUGAGAGACGCGCGAGGGUGCGAGAAAACCUACCACACAGACCUAUCGUCAGUCAGGGUUGCUGUAUCAGACGUGCCUACGAUCAUUCCGCUCGAGUCAAAGUCCGACUACUGUGUCGGCGAACGUCUUUCCUUUUCAUUAUCAGGCCAUUCUCCUUUUGAGGUGUUUUACACAUUUAAUGGCGUCUCCAGAAAGGCUUCUUCCCAAACCAAUCAGUUCCGCCGUAUCGCGGAGAAACCCGGCGUCUUUAUGAUUACUGCCGUCAGUGAUGGCGCAAGUGGGAAAUGCAAGGCUCACAAAGACAUUAUGAAAACCAUUCACCAAAUGCCAAGCGUCAGAAUCAGCAAUGGUCAAAUUUCCAUUGUAGACAUCCAUGAGGGUGGUGAGGCAGAACUCGAAUUCGAGUUUUGGGGAACGCCACCAUUCGAGUUUACUUACAUUCGAAGCACGAAUGCCCGCAAAGGGAAGAAGGCCGAAAUACUCGAUAUAAAACAUGACAUCUCUUACGAACAUCAAAAAAUCAUCAAAACAUCUGACGAGGGUACUUACGAAGUUGUGGCCAUCAAAGACAAAUACUGCUCAUUUUCCGCUCAACCGUCAAUGGAGAGGAACGAGAAGCUACUAACGAAUUCUUGA